AAACAUUUACAUUCUUUUUGUUUUUCUUUCUUUAAUAUAAAUCAAUUAAAUGGAAAUAAAUACUAAAUUAUAAUCAAUUCAAUGAACAAUAAUAAUAAACUUCAAUUACAAUUCAUUGAAACAUUGAAUAAUCAAACAUGUUUAUGGUCAUUAAAAACAUUUUAUGAUUUACCUUCAUCAUAUAAAAUGUAUUAUCUACAUAAAAAUACUAAUUCAAUCAUUCAAUCAUUGCAUUUAUCAUUAAAUCCUAAUUAUAAUUGGUUUCCAUGGUUUAUUAUUAUACCUAUAUUAAUUGUAAUUUUUACAAUAUUCGGUAAUUCAUUAGCAUGUUAUGUUGUAUUAAAUGAUCGACAUCUUAGGCAUAGAUCAAAUAUAUUUUUUAUAUCAUUAUCUAUAAUUAAUAUUAUAUUUUCUAGUACAGUUAUGUUAUUUAAUAUUAUCUAUAAUCUUAUUAAUCCAAAUUAUUUUUCAGAUAAUUUAAUUAAAUUAUUUUUUUCAUUAGAUCAAUUAUUUUGCACAGUAACUAUAUUACAUUUAGUUGCUAUGGCAUUUGAUCGUUUUAUACAUAUUAAAGUACCAUUAAAAUAUUCACGUUGUUUUAAACCAAAAUAUUUAUUAAUUACCAUAAUUAGUUUAUGGUUUAUAUCAUUUUUAAUAGCAUUUAUACCAAUACAAUUUAAUUGGAAUAUAAUUCAUUAUAAAGAAUGUUUAACAAUAAGUAAUACUACUACUACUACUAGUAGUAGUAGUAUGAUAAGUACAUAUUUUACAAAUAAAAAUUAUACCACCCCUUCCAUUCAAUCAUUAAUAUCAUCAUCUAUUGAAGAUAUCACAUUGAUACCUAAACAAUUAACUUGUAUACAUAAAGUGGAUAGAUUCUAUGCUAUCACCAAUGCUAUAUUUAGUUUUAUUAUACCAUUAAUAAUAAUGAUUAUAAUAUAUACACAUUUAUUUUUAUUAACAAAACAACAUAUUAAUCGAUUAAAUAUAUUCCCUAGUUUCACUAAUGAUACAAAUGACUUAGCAACAAAUGAACAAUUCAAUAAUAAUAAUAAUAAUAAUAAACAAAUUAUUUAUUUAUUAGAUAAUUCAUCAAAUUUUUCAAAAAAAUUUAAAAAAAUUUUUAAAAUAAAAAAAUUUUUUUUUAAUUAUCAUAUAAAAAAUCCUUUGACAACAACAUCUAUGGAUACAAUAAAAAUAUCAUCAGAAUUAUGUAAAAUAAAACAAUUAAAUUAUACAUCAUUACGUUUUAUUAAUAUUAAAACAAAAAAUGAUUAUUUAAUUCAUAUGAAUAAAACAAUAAAUAGAUCAUGUAUUAUGUCGACGAAUUCAUUUACAUCAUUAGAUCAAUCAAUGAAUCGUCGUAAGCAUAGUUUACCCUUAUAUACUAUAUCAAGAAAUUCAUCAUUUAAUAUAUAUAAUACUAAUAAUAGUAAUAGUAAUAUGAAUAUGAAUGAUAUAAUACGUCCACAAUUAAUAAUAAAUUAUCCUGAAAAACAAAUAUAUAAUUCACAUAAAGCAGCAAUUACAUUAGGUGUUAUAUUAGGUUCAUUUACAAUAUGUUGGUUACCAUAUUUUACAAUUAAUUGUAUAGCAUCAUUUUGUGAUUAUAUACCAAAAGAAGUUAUUUUUGCUGCAACAUGGCUUGGCUAUUUCAAUGCCUGUCUAAAUUCUCUGGUAUAUUCAUUAUUAAAUAAUAAUUUUCGUAUGUCCUGUGCAAAAUUACUAUGUGCUUGGCAUUACAACCGUGAAAGACGUCAGCAGUAUGGAUUGAAUCAAUUGAAACAUUUCGGUGAUACUCCGAUUCAAUUAGCAAUUGGUCGCGUUCCAUGGAAUAAAUUAUGAAUGCAUUUGCAUUGUAGUAAUAUAAUCUGUUUAGUAUACAGUAAUAAUGAAACAUAUACUUAUCAUCUCGCAUUAUAUAAUUUUACUAGUUUUAUGUUUUAACAAUAAACCACCAUAAAAAAAAACAACCUAUAUUAUGAGUAUAUUCCUAAAGAUAUACAACAGUAUGAGUUUAUAUUUUGUUCUUUUUCUUCACUAUUUAUGCCUGUUUAGAUUACAUAACUGUACAUAUCAAACAAAAUAAAAAUAAAAGAUCUUUACAUCGAA